ACACCAUUUAUUCCUCCAAAAAAAUAAUUAAGUCUAAAUACCGAAAGUAACCCUUUCCGUUAUUCUUGUCCUCAUCAACUUCCUCAACCUUUGAACUUUUCCUUGUCCAGGUCCCCCCUCUAUAAUUUUUUUUUAAUUAUCUUUGAGUCAUUUUCUUGAAGGCGUGCUCCCAAGUUUCUUGUUUUGCUAUACAUAUUGUUUUUUUUUUCUUGAUUUGUUGCCUUUGUUAAUUUUCUGGUGGGGACUUGGGGAUUGAUUAAUUACCAGGGAAAGAAGAAAAACUUUGUUCUGAUAUUUAUCAAGAUUCAGUUUUAGAUUGCUACUGAAGUCUGCUACACAUUUUUGAUGCUUUGAAAUGGGGAAGAAAGGAAACUGGUUUUCAGCAGUUAAAAAGGCCCUUGGUUCGGGUAACAAAAAGAAAGACAAGAAAAGACACAAAUCUGAAAAAUGGUCGGGAAAGCAACAGAGCGACGAAUUGGAUUCUUCAAAUGCAGAAACUGCAUUAGUGACUCCUGCACCCCCUACUCCUCCUGUAGAGCAGAUGAAAUUGAUGGAAGCUGAGAAUGAGCAGAAUAAGCACGCCUAUUCAGUAGCUAUUGCCACUGCUGUUGCUGCAGAAGCAGCAGUUGCUGCUGCUCAAGCUGCUGCUGAGGUCGUUCGCCUCACAGCUGCAGCCUGUAACUCGGGUAAAUCAAAGGAAGAGAUUGCAGCUAUAAGAAUUCAAACAGCUUUUCGAGGAUACUUGGCUAGGAGAGCAUUGAAGGCCUUGAGAGGAUUAGUGAGGUUGAAGACAAUGAUUCAAGGGCAAUCUGUCAAGAGACAAGCCACAUCCACCUUAAGGUGCAUGCAGACUCUAGCUCGUGUUCAAUCUCAGGUUCGUGCCAGAAGAAUUAGGAUGUCAGAGGAGAAUCAGACACUCCAGAGACAGCUCCAACAGAAGCAUGAGAAAGAGCAGGAGAAGAUGAAAGCAUCUUCUCAGUCUGGAGAUGAUUGGAAUGACAGUAUACGGUCCAAGGAACAAGUUGAUGCAAACCUUCAGAUGAAGCAGGAAGCUGCCACGAGAAGGGAAAGGGCUUUGGCUUAUGCAUACACACAUCAGCCAACACGGAGGAAUCCUUCAAAAUCUACAAAUCAAACAUUCAUGGACCCAAAUAACCCCCACUGGGGCUGGAGCUGGUUGGAAAGAUGGAUGGCGGCACGGCCAUGGGAAGAUAAAUGUGCAAUAGAUAAAGAACCUAACAGUGACGAAGUCGCUGCAGAAAGCCCAGCAAGCCAUCACACUGGUGUGGCUGCUAUCACUCAUUGUGAUUUCCACCUUGAUAAUAGGCCCUCUCCAACCGCUCAUAAGCAAAGCUGCCCUCCUAGCCACCAAUCACCAUCAACACCAAGAUCAAAGACCGGAAGAAUAAGGCCAGCAAGCCCCAGGGUAAGUAAUGUGGAUGACGACUCUAGAAGCAUGAAGAGUGUACAGUCAGAACGCUGCAGGAGGCAUAGUAUUGCUGGUUCAUCUAUUAGAGAUGAUGAAAGCCUGGCAAGUUCCCCAUCUGUUCCAAGUUACAUGGCAGCAACAGAAUCAGCACGAGCCAGGUCCCGCUUACCAAGUCCUUUGGGUUUCGAAAAGACAGGGACACCAGAGAAGGGAAGUGUUGGUUCUACAAAGAAGAGAUUGUCAUUCUCAGCAUCCCCUGGUGGUGUACCAAGGAGACACUCUGGUCCACCGAAGGUAGAGAUAUAAAGUACCUAAAGCAUCCUAGUGCCGAAAGGAGCACUUGAGAUAGCAGGAAAAUGAAGAAGUUAGACCGUUUAUUUGACUUGUCAUUUCUAAAACUAUUCUCAUGGGUGUGCAUAUUGAAUAAUGGUGAGCUGUAACUGCAGAGGGACGAAGGAGAAAUCGGAGGAUUGUGGCAUUGUAUUUGAGUCUUUUGUCAUCUGCUCAUCAACAUGUUUCUAACCUUAUGCAUAACUACAUUCAAAGUUUGUGUGCUAUUGAUCAAAAGUAGUCUCAUUUGCUUU